AUUACCAUGUUCUUGUCUAAUUUAUGCAGAAAUUGAGAAAGGUUUCGCAAACUUCCAAGCACCAAUGUAUAUUCAGUGCUGUUUAAAAGUCUUAGACAGUCAAAUAAAAUGUUAAGGAUAUUUAUUUGGAUAGUACGUGCAUUUUGACUCAGAAAAAAACACAAUUUAACAUUAGAACAUAAGCAUAGUAAUAAUAAAAAUUAAAAUAAACAAGACUUCCUUCUAUUUUACAAAAAGUUACUGAUAUCUUCCUGGACGGCUAGAUGAACACCGCUUCAGUUCCCAAACCUCUCCUCAGGGGCACCUCAGCUGUUCCAUGUAUUCAUUAAAUUUCAUCACCAGCUCAAAUAAUUAAUUAAUUAGUUAAAUAACUUGAGGCCAAAUAAAGAGUCCAAAAAUUCAUGGGUGUUUUGGAUGGUCACUGCAAAUACUGUGGUGAUUAUAGGAGAGAUUUUGAAAUGGCUAAGCUGACACAACUUUGAUGGACAUAAUAUCACAGUUUUACACCAACAUGAAAAUCAUUUAAACAUCAUUUUCUUUGACUGUCUAAGACUUUUGCACAGUUCUGUGUAUUAAAUGAAGGGACAACCAGAGAAUUUCAGAGGAGUUUCCUAGAACUUCCUAAUGAACUCUUUUCAAGCUGUGCUGUUUCAUUCUAAUAUUUGAUUAAUGUUGUUGAUGUGUCUAGUGGUAUUUCAUCAGUGAGUGCCGGAGCAUAACCCAAAUGCGUUUUCUAAGCUUGGUAGGGAAAUUGCUGUUGUACCAUUGCAGUAAAAUAACUUGCUUUCGAAGAAACCUGUUGUUGUGGCUCUGCUGGUCUGAGAAGAGGUUUCAUGCCCAAAAUGUGUAUUUGUAGUCUUUAUAUUUCCAAAGUUCAGAUUAAUGCCUCUGGAAAACAUGGGUUUGCACAAAUAAGUGAGGCAAUAGUACUGAUACAAUAUUAGAAAAAUAUAUGGUAUUUCUCUUUAUUGGUAUAGGAUGUAAACAGCAUGUUUAUUAUACAAUUGCUAAUUAUACUUUUAUUGCAUGCACAAAAUAUACAUUUUAAUACAAUUCAUCACUUUUACUUUACAUGAAUAUGUCAUGUCAUUUUUGGGUUACACAGGGAAAUUUCGCAUGGACUCUUUUGUAAGGCUUGUGAAAUAUUUUGCAAAGUUGGAACUUCUCAAAAAGCGGGUAAAGGCAAUUCUACUGGGUGAAACAAUGAGGAAGCUUAGCUGUGGAUUCUGAAUAUGAAUAUUGUCAAAUGUGAUUAUGGAAUGAAAAAACAAGGCAUCAGGAACCACAGACCAUAAAUUCUAAAAAGUGCCGCUAUCUGGCUGUAGCUGCAGUCUGGCACCUACUUUCAGAAACACAUAACAACAGCAAAUCAAGUAUGGCAGCCAUUAUUUGGACCGUUGCCAGUUUCCUCAUUAUAACAAUGAAAAGCUUAGCUGUAAAUCAUAAAAAGGAAGAAUUUGAGCUCUGUGUUACUCACAGUUAUGGAAGAAAAGAUCUAUCCAACCACAAUCUCACUGAAGUUCCAACCGGAUUAUCUCUGAAUACCCAGUACCUGGAUCUCUCCCACAACAAACUCUCGAGACUUGAGAGCGAUGCUCUGGUCGGUUUUCCUCAACUCUGUUUUCUGAAACUGAACAAUAACACGAUUCAGUACAUCUCCCCCAUGGCCUUCUUGCAUAGCAGCGGAAUAAAGGUGCUUAGCAUCUCAAAUAACCUUCUGACAACUAUCCCAGACCUCUCGCUGCCUCAUCUCCGGAUUCUGGACAUGUCAGGCAACCUGUUUUCCAGCUACAAGCUUGGAAGCUCCUUCGCAAACCUUACAAACCUAACGGUCCUCAUGCUUGGGGGGCCAAAUAUCAAAGAAAUAAAAUUAGGGGACUUUGCAUGCCUGAGCAAUACAUCAUUAAAUCAUCUCAGCCUUGACUCUGAUCUACAACAAUAUGAAUCAGGUGCUCUUGCACAGAUACAAAGCUUGCAAGAAAUAACCCUCAUCAUGUCCUUCUGCCAACGUUUUGACAUGUUUAAGGCCAUUGCGAUGGACUUAAACCAAACUGAAACUACAGCUAUAAGGCUAAAUCCGUUCCUUCCUAGGUACUGUCAGAUUUCCAGUGAUCCUUUUGAAGGCUUCAAAGGAGCUCAGUUCCUCCGCCGCAUAAUAUUUGUGGACAGCUGGUUUAAUACUUCUGUUAUGGUAAAGCUUUUGGAAAAUGUAUUCCAGUCUACCCUUGAAGAACUGUCAUUUAUUGACAUUGUGUACUAUGAAGACACUGCUGAUGGAGUUCAAUUCUACCCAACGCAUAACCAAACAGUUCACCUGAGAUCGCUUUCCUUCAAUGGGGUGCGACACCUCCAGUACAGUUACCCAAAAAUCAACAUUAGCGUCACCUAUUUUUCCCAGUUGGCCUAUCUGAAGUUCUCUGGCACUGGAAUGAAUAUUUCCCCAUGCAACUUAAUUUCUGACAUACCAUCACUAAUGAUGUUGGAUUUAUCCAAUAAUCUGCUUUCGGAUGAUGGGUUCUGGUGGCCUGCUUGUUCUUACACUAAAGUCUUUCCUGCACUGAGACAGCUGUGGCUGAGCCACAAUAGGUUUGUUUACCUGUCAUUCAUCUCUAGAAAGACUCAGCAGAUGAUGGCCCUCGAAUCGUUGGAUUUGAGCUUUAAUUCCAUUCAGCUGGAUGGGGAGUGUUCCUGGCCUACGCACCUGAUAGAACUGAGCCUGAGCAACAACAACCUCGGUAACGGCGUGUUCAGCUACCUGUCACCCCACUUCAGAAGGAUCAAUUUGUCAAAAACGGGCAUAACUGCCAUUACCCAAAAGGACCUCUCGUCCUUCCCGAAUCUAACUCAUCUCAUUUUGAGCUCCAACGGUAUACAAGUGCUUCCAAUGGAUCUCCACAUCCCAACUCUGCUCAGUCUGCACGUGGAUCAGAAUGCAAUUACUUCCAUAAGCCAGGAACCAAUACUUGGCUUGCCCAGGCUGCGGCAUCUUAAGGCAGGCAAAAACCCAUUCAGUUGUAGCUGUGAGUCAUACUGGUUCGUCACCUCACUUAGUAAAUCUCUUCUCCCUGAUUGGCCUGUGGAUUAUACCUGCAGUACGCCUCCAUCCUUUGCUGGGGCGUCUCUGGAGGAAUACAAGCCGACUAAACCUUCCUGCUUACCAUGGCUCCAAGCAAGUAUUGCGGUUCCAGUGGUUUUUAUCCUUGUAGCAUCUUUCAGCAUCACCUUCUAUGCCUGCGAUGGAAUCUGGUAUACUAAAAUGUUGUGGGUGUGGAUCUGGGUGAAGAGGAGGGGCCACAAGGGGGCAGGGCGGCUGCAGAACACAUCAAUCAGGUACCACGCCUUCAUCUCAUACAGCCAGCAUGACUCGACGUGGGUGGACAGCCAGCUGGUGCCCAGGCUGGAGAACGUUGGCCUGUCCCUCUGCGUCCAUGAAAGGGAUUUUGUACCAGGCAGGUGGAUUGUGGACAACAUCAUCAGCUGCGUCGAGGACAGCUACAAGACACUCUUUGUGCUUUCACAAAAUUUUGUCCAAAGCGAGUGGUGCACCUACGAGCUCUUUUUUGCCCAACACCGGGCCAUCAGCAUCCAAGACGAUUCAUUGGUCUUUAUUUUACUAGAGCCAAUCCCCGCCAGCUCCCUCCCAAAAAAAUUCCUGAAGCUGAGGGCAUUGCUCCGCAAGCAGACCUACCUGGAGUGGCCCAAGGACGAACGCAAGCAGCAGGUCUUCUGGGCCAGCUUGAGGGCAAUGCUUCAUGGAGCAGAUAAACACAUAGCCAUCAAGAAAGUGGCAACGGACAUUUUGGAUACCUUGCCACUUAUUGCAGAUCAGUGACAGAGAGCAGAUCCAUGAGCUGAAUAGAUCUGCUCAAGAAUUAUGGCAUGAGAUUGUGCUUUUGUCUUUUAGGAAAAAUUCAAAUUUAGCAGUAUUUCUUGCAGAUAUUAGCAGUACCAGUCUAACCUAGUCUUUUGAUUUUGCAACAAUGCACUUUCACGAAGAAUUAAAAAUUAUUAGUAUCCAAUGGUUAAGUCUGAGAUUGUAGAAAAAUCUAUGAUAUACAAGCACUUUAAACCAGUAUUAAAUAUUAAUAUUCAAUCAAAUAUUACUAUUAAAUCAAAACUAAAUAUUUUGAAAAAUGAAUAGGGAUAAAAAGGAUUUAAAGGUUUCUAUUCUAUACCGUUGUGUUUUGUCACAGAAAAGCACUGGUGUGAGACUUAAAAGAGUGACCAGAUGGAUGUUUUUAGAUUCAGUACAUCCAUCUUCCACAACCACUUACUGAGAGUACAGUCUCACUUUGAGCCUGGGGCCUGUCUCAGGCAGAGCUGGGCGUGUGACUUUCUGGAAAGAAUGUCAAUGCACAUGCACACAUGCAGACAACUACAUGCACACACACACACACACACACACACACACACACACACACACACACAUACACAUGCAGACAUACACACAGAUACACACCUGCACACACACACACACACACACACACACACACACAGACACACACAUGCAUACACACCCACACAGAGUUCAUAUAUUCUUAACUCUGUGGGGGCUUUCCAUUCAUUUCUAUGCGCAUAACUCCGAACUAUGACGAUCUUAACCCCCACCCAGCCCUAACCUUAACCAUAAGUAACCAACCAAACAAAAUACACUAGUCUUGGCUAUUUUAGUUUUUUUUUUUAUUGCAUUCACAUAAAAUUGAGGUUUGCAUUCUGGGGACCUGAAUAAUGUCCAUGCAAGCGAAAAAAUAACAGGUUUUACCAAAUUGUGGGUAUAAAACCGCACGCACACAUAGGCAGAGUUAGCGGUACAUACGCUGUUAGUCACGGAGCCGCCAUGCGCUAACAGGUUCAGGACGUAAAAACCAAAAAAGUACAUCUUUGAUUUUUUUUAAGACCUUCCAAGAGACAAUACGUUUUUUGUUUAUUUUUAGAGGUUGUUUUAUGCAAAAGGAUGUUCUUGUAAAUAUUGUUAAAUAUUGUUAAAUUGUUAAAGUAUUUAGCACAUUACGCACUAUGAGUGACAUGAAUUUACAUUUUAUUCAUGCGAUGUGAUGGAUGUCUUAAACCUUUUCAAUGUGUUAUUCAAGUUUUUUUUAUUUUUUAGUUUUUGACCCACCCAAGAUAAAAAUCCAGCAUAGUUGUUUAGCAAUAUGCAAUAUAUCGAUUUAAUAAAUGUGGUGUGUUUCACUGGAAUUCCUUUUUAAAAAAAUAUAUUUGUUUUUGUGCUUUUAAUAUGAGAAACAUUGUUUGACAGUGAAUUGCUGUCUUACAGUAGCUAGUCGACGCUUUUCAUUAAAAUGUAUUACUAUUUGAAUGAGUAGUAUGACGAUACAUAACAAUACUUCGAUAUACGCUAUUCACGGAUUCAAUUAAUUACUAACUUUUCACCCUGACGAAGGUUGCAGUUUACCCGUAAUAUCGCGAUAUGUCUCCAUCUACUGCUAUCACCCAGUAAUUUGUAUAUGGAAUUUUAAGAGGACUGUACUUACUUUAUGUAUUUUCUUACAAAUAAGAAAUAUGAUUUAUAUCAACAUAUUAGCUACUUGUUAAUAAAUGUUUAAUAGGC